AUGCGGAGCUGUUUCCUAGUCUUCCUCUUUCUCAGUCUGCUCCUAUCCCUCCUCUGUCAUCAUGUUGAGGCUGGUUGUUUUUGUGAUCACGAGGCCUGCACUUGUAGUGGAGAUGACAUAGUAGAUAUCACCGGCCUUUUAUCAGAAUCAGUUUGCCCCUCUGGGUAUUCUUACAGCAGGCUUGUAAUAACUAGGGUCCCUAACCUCGUAAAUAUCCCAGAUGGAUUUGGUAUUCUCCAAGCUAGUCCUUGCAGUGGACUUCAAGAACUCGAGGUUCUUGAACUGCAUCAAACUGGAAUUCAGAACUGGUCUUCCACAUUAUUUCAAGGUCUUCCUCAUCUGAAAACCCUCGAUAUUUCAAAUAAUUCCUUCUUAACCUCCUACCGAGAUGGAGUUUUUGAAAAACUUGGUGGUUCCCUAGAAGAACUAAUCGCUAUGGAUAAUCGGGUUCGUUCCUUAACUCGGCGUGCCUUUGCGGGAUUGAGAAAUCUUAAACGCUUAAUCCUAAGUAGAAACAAGAUUGGUUACUUUGAAGAAGGCGUAUUCUCCUCAACUGGAAAUCUUAUAGAACUUUCCCUGGAUGGCAAUAUUCUCACUGAUUUGGAAAAUGGCACAUUUCUAGGUCUUAACAAUCUCCAGUCGUUGGAUCUACGAGGAAAUCCGCUUCAGCUACUUUAUCCAGGCAUAUUCUCCUCAUUUGCUAAUACAUUAACCCACCUCUGGAUGAGCCAUGAUGAUUUUGUCACUUUUGGAGGAUUUGACACAAUUCCUACCGGUCUCUUUACCGGAAUGUCCAGCCUAGUGGAGCUUUCUAUGGUUGAAUUGAAAAUUACCAACCUAACCACGGAGUCAUUUAAAGGACUGACGAAUCUUCGUCGGUUGUCUCUUCAUGGGAAUCGAUUGACUUUACUUCCAAAGGGCUGUUUCACUCCUUUAAUUAACUUGGAAGAGCUUGAUCUUUCUGCCAAUGGAAUGGUUUGUAUUCCAGAUAAUUCUGAUGAAUAUUAUCCCAAACUCCGCUUUCUCAAUCUAUCUCUGAAUGGAAUUACUCAUUUAACCAAAAGAUCUUUCUCCAUGCUCUCCUCGUCGAAACCUACGGCUAAAUUUCCCAGACUCAUUGUGAAUAUCUCAUCUAAUCCGAUCCGAAGAAUUGAACCAGACGCGUUUUGUUACUUCAAAGGCCCACUUGAGCUCAUUCUAGCAGGUGAACAUCAAGAGCCUCCAUCUUGGGCAAGUAUGGCGAAUUGGCCAGAUAAUCCAUUCGCUUUAGUCGGAAACGAGAGUAUUAUCCAUGGAUUAAAGCCCUCUGAAGUAAUAGGAGGUCGUUCAGAUGCUGCGGCCUUCUGUGGUCCCGAAGGAUCUCUCUUUCGCGACAAAAUUCUUGCCUCAGAUAUGUAUAAAAACUCCAAGUAUACAGAAAAAGAUAUUGAGAACUCCCUCAAUUCUGAAUGUCCGUGGAUGGUUCCUGAUGAGUUAUCCCCUUGGCAGUUGGCAAAGCUUGGCGUUCCUGGUGGAAAACAUGGCGCAAUUGCUUUGGAAGAGGGAUCUCGAAUCUACCUCCUGAUCAUUGUCGCAGUUUGCAUCACGUUUCUCUUGGGCGCACUGACAAUAAUAAUGUGUUAUCGCACAUGGUCAAGACGAGCCACCCAGAAGGUGACAAUGGAUGUCGAAGCUAAUAUUGGAAAUGGAAACGGAGUUGGAUCUCAUAAUAUGGAAACCCUUGCCACGAUUGGCGAAGUGCCCGAGAAAACCGAUUUGUUGGAGAAACCGAAGAAUGGAAAACCGCAUCCUCCUGUCGAGGACAAAGAAGGCAGCCCUAAAGAGCACAUUUCCAGAACGGGAAGAAGGAAUUCAGAACCCCGAGGAGAGGAGCUUGAAACCAUGACUGCAUUUGGAGUCAUCUAG